UUGGCUGAGUGUCUUUGGCGCAUAUAAAACAGCGCAUUGUUCUGCGGCGCGUCAGAGCGCAGACUGGCUGGGUGGAGAGGAGCCAAGCACUAACAGGACUCACUGGACACUGGGGGGGGAAUCCGACUAUGCCUUUCCAACAACACAUGGAACGUUAAUAAGAACAACUUUUGACCUGACCAUUAUCUCUGCAUUUCCAUUCUCUGGACACAUUGGAACAAAGAUCCACACUGCCAGGCCGAAAGCAAAAAAGAAAAUGUGUGCAUGUGAGCGUGUACGUUAGGACUGCUGUGUGCCUUUGACUGAGGAAACGCCUCCUUCUGAAAGAACCUGCCUGGCUUUUACAAUGAAGGCUGUCGCUCUGCUCUGUUUCCUGAUGGUCGUGGCGGUCGGGGCCUCUCGGUUUAUCCGGGACUCCCCGAGUGUGCCUGACACUUUUGAUGAUUCCAAGACUAAUGCGUCCAUUCAGCGCCUACCCCCGCAGGCGGUUCGGCCGGGGGACUCCUUCCCCCCCAUGUGCAUGAAGCCCACGGAAAUUAAGCACGCCUUCAAGUAUGUGAACACUAUUGUGUCCUGCUUGAUCUUUGUGGUUGGAAUCAUUGGCAACUCCGCACUGCUGAGGAUCAUAUACAAGAACAAGUGCAUGAGGAAUGGACCCAACGUCCUGAUUGGGAGCCUGGCACUGGGGGACCUACUUUAUAUCGUCAUCGCAAUCCCCAUCAAUGUGUAUAAGCUAAUAGCAAAAGAUUGGCCCUUCGGGGUGUAUCUCUGCAAGAUGAUGCCCUUCAUCCAAAAAGCUUCAGUGGGUAUCACUGUCCUCAGUCUAUGUGCGCUGAGUAUUGACCGCUACCAUGCAGUGACGUCAUGGAGCAGGGUGAAGGGAAUGGGCAUCCCUGUGUGGAAAGCGGUGGAGGUGGCGCUGAUUUGGGUGAUCGCUGUGCUGUUGGCAGUCCCCGAGGCCCUGGCGUUCGACAUGUUGGAGAUGCCGUACAGAGGCAACAAACUGCGCGUGUGCCUGCUGCAUCCGGAACAAAGCUCCAACUUCAUAAAGUUCUACCAGGACGUGAAAGACUGGUGGCUGUUUGGCUUCUACUUCUGCCUGCCGCUCGCCUGCACAGGAAUCUUCUACACUCUCAUGUCCUGCGAGAUGCUGAGUCGCAAGAAAGGCAUGCGCGUGGCACUCAACGACCACAUGAAACAGAGGAGGGAAGUAGCAAAGACAGUGUUCUGCCUGGUGCUGAUUUUCGCUCUGUGCUGGUUGCCACUUCACCUCAGUCGCAUUCUCAAGAAAACAGUUUAUGACCAAAAUGACCCCAACCGCUGCGAACUCCUCAGCUUCCUUUUAGUGAUGGAUUACAUUGGCAUCAACAUGGCUUCACUAAACUCCUGCAUUAACCCGAUUGCCCUCUACUUUGUCAGCCAGAAGUUCAAAAACUGCUUCCAGUCUUGCCUGUGCUGUUGGUGCUACGGAACAUCCCCAUUGGAUGAUCGAGGGUCCGGGUCAGGAUGGAAGGGCUCCUGCCACGGCAACGGACUGGAUCGCUCCAACUCCCGUUCUAGUCAGAAAUACACGAGCUCCUCGUAAACACACCCACCCUUAUUCAGCACUUCAUUUAAUCCCCGAAAAAAAAAACAUGUUCCCAAUCAGCACCAGUGGAGCUGGAGCUGGAACUGGACUGAAGGACACGAAAGGGUCAGGCCAAACAAUGAAUUAAAUCAAAGGACUGUACCUGCAGAAUGAAGACACCAAGGCUACCUGCAUUCCACAGAGGCAGAAAUGCAUCACGUCACAUGCAAAUCACAUAUACAAACUCCGUUUCCAUAUGAGUUGGGAAAUUGUGUUAGAUGUAAAUAUAAACGGAAUACAAUGAUUUGCAAAUCCUUUUCAACCCAUAUUCAAUUGAAUGCACUACAAAGACAAGAUAUUUGAUGUUCAAACUCAUAAACUUUAUUAUUUUUUUGCAAAUAAUAAUUAACUUAGAAUUUCAUGGCUGCAACACGUGCCAAAGUAGUUGGGAAAGGGCAUGUUCACCACUGUGUUACAUGGCCUUUCCUUUUAACAACACUCAGUCAACGUUUGGGAACUGAGGAGACACAUUUUUUAAGCUUCUCAGGUGGAAUUCUUUCCCAUUCUUGCUUGAUGUACAGCUUAAGUUGUUCAACAGUCCGGGGGUCUCCGUUGUGGUAUUUUAGGCUUCAUAAUGCGCCACACAUUUUCAAUGGGAGACAGGUCUGGACUACAGGCAGGCCAGUCUAGUACCCGCACUCUUUUACUAUGAAUGAUUGAUGUAACACGUGGCUUGGCAUUGUCUUGCUGAAAUAAGCAGGGGCGUCCAUGGUAACGUUGCUUGGAUGGCAACAUAUGUUGCUCCAAAACCUGUAUGUAACUUUCAGCAUUAAUGGCGCCUUCACAGAUGUGUAAGUUACCCAUGUCUUGGGCACUAAUACACCCCCAUACCAUCACAGAUGCUGGCUUUUACACUUUGCGCCUAUAACAAUUCGAAUGGUUCUUUUCCUCUUUGGUCCGGAGGACACAACGUCCACAGUUUCCAAAAAACAAUUUGAAAUGUGGACUCGUCAGACCACAGAACACUUUUCCACUUUGUAUCAGCCCAUCUUAGAUGAGCUCAGGCCCAGCGAAGCCAACAGCGUUUCUGGGUGUUGUUGAUAAACGGUUUUUGCCUUGCAUAGGAGAGUUUUAACUUGCACUUACAGAUGUAGCGACAAACUGUAGUUACUGACAGUGGGUUUCUGAAGUGUUCCUGAGCCAAUGUGGUGAUAUCCUUUACACACUGAUGUCGCUUGUUGAUGCAGUACAGCCUGAGGGAUCGAAGGUCACGGGCUUAGCUGCUUACGUGCAGUGAUUUCUCCAGAUUCUCUGAACCCUUUGAUGAUAUUACGGACCGUAGAUGGUGAAAUCCCUAAAUUCCUUGCAAUAGCUAGUUGAGAAAGGUUUUUCUUAAACUGUUCAACAAUUUGCCCACGCAUUUUUUGACAAAGUGGUGACCCUCGCCCCAUCCUUGUUUGUGAAUGACUGAGCAUUUCAUGGAAUCUACUUUUAUACCCAAUCAUGGCACCCACCUGUUCCCAAUUUGCCUGUUCACCUGUGGGAUGUUCCAAAUAAGUAUUUGAUGAGCAUUCCUCAACUUUAUCAGUAUUUAUUACCACCUUUCCCAACUUCUUUGUCACGUGUUGCUGGCAUCAAACUCUAAAGUUAAUGAUUAUUUGCAAAAAAAAAAAAUGUUUAUCAGUUUGAACAUCAAAUAUGUUGUCUUUGUAGCAUAUUCAACUGAAUAUGGGUUGAAAAUGAUUUGCAAAUCAUUGUAUUCCGUUUAUAUUUACAUCUAACACAAUUUCCCAACUCAUAUGGAAACGGGGUUUGUAAUAUAAUACAGUAUCUAGCCUUUGUAUUUCUAUACAUAACAGCGCUGCAGCUGAGUUAUAUGAACGCAAUCAGCAGGACAUCUGGCACUUGAGCACAGAGUCACUGCCUUGGCAACAACUUACCAAAGAAAAUGGGGAGUUGGAAGGUCAGACGUUACGCUGCUUACAGUAAAAGUGAAGGACAACUGUUGUUGAGGAUAUUGAUGGAAACUACCCUCCACGCGCUGUAGGAGGCUCGAGUUCCAAAUAUGUACAAAUAUAAUAAUCUCAUGACCACAUGACAGUGUCUAUGUCAUGACAUCACGACUUCGCUGUCAAAGCUCAUGUGUGAAAGGUUAUUUUUGCUUAACCUCUUCAUCAAGCAUAUUUUUAUACAUUAGUAUUUCUUUUGAAUAUAGUGCAUCUACUGGAAGUUUAGGAUCUCCUGGAUAUUUUAAAAGAGAAAUAUACGUUUCAUAAUGUGAAAGAUAGUAUCUUAAAGAUGUAGAAAGAUCUUCCUGCAACAUACACAUGUUAUUUAUACCUAUAAUGCAGCAAGAUGCAAAUAAGGGGUCUAUUGAUUAAUGACGGUUUGUCCAACACAAAGUGUUCAAAAUAUGAUUAAUCAUAUUUGCAGUUUGUACUGGAAUGUGACUGGCAGGUUUGACCCACAGUGCAACUCGUUGCAUAUCCAGAACCACAUUCAGAGAAAACUGCAUAUUACAUUUGCUUGCCUUUUUCGAAAAAAGUUGUAGAAUCAAAGUAUUAAUCUUUUUAGCAUAAGCGGUGGCUGCUUUUCAAAGUGGAGAAAUCUGGGGCGAGGGUUUCUAAUAUUCAGUGUAUUUGUUUUUUAUAUAAAUUGUACUUUACUUUACAUAGCAGAUCCUCACUCAAACAGUGCAGCCAUUGUCUCAAUGUAUUCUUGCGGUAAUUCAAUCAAAUAGAGGCACAAUGUCCUAAUUAAAAAGUUAUAAAAUUAGUGAGUGUUGACACAAAUAUUCUUUGACCCUUCGGGGAGCUAUUCUAAACUUAUUUUGACUUAC